UUUCUUCUCUAUUCCUCAUAGUUUUAAUGUAUGUAAGGUAGGCCCACAUGGAUACUUUCUGUGUUAACUUUUUCUUUGGGAAAUUAGAGAAUGUUUUCUAACAAUAUUUGCUGACUUUAUUUUAAACCAAUUAGAUCUACUCUUUCUGUGAACUACUAAUAGUUUUACUAAUUGGCCAGCAGAAAUAUUAGUUUUUCUGUAACAGUAAUUGGUCAUAUAAAAAAAAAAUGACUUAGUAAAUCUUUUAUGGACCAGGAUAACUAGUUUGUAGAUCUUUAUUGGAACAAAACAAGUUUGUAGAUCUUUUGUAGACGAAGAAUUCAGCAGUUGCACCUUGGAUACAUCUCACCAUGGGUUUUGUUGACACAACACUGUAUACAAUUUUUAGCUGCUUCACUUUUCUGUUUAUGGUGGUGGUGAAUUUUAUAUUCGACUAUAAGUACAAGGGGAAAGGGGGAAAAGUUUCUAAAGUCCAGGAUCCAAUUCUUUUGAUGCCGGCAUCAGAGUUGUCCAGGGAUAUCAGAAGUAGGAAGCUAAGAGCAGAAGAUGUUAUGGCUGCUUAUAUUAAGAGGGCCAAGGAAGUGAAUGUGCUGGUGAAUGCUAUAGUAGGGGAGCAGUAUGACAAGGCACUGCGUAGAGCGCAGGAGCUGGAUCAAACACUGGACUCUCUCUCAUUUGAGGAGAUUGAGGAGCAGUUUUCUGAAGCAAGGAAACCAUUGCUGGGUGUCCCUCUGUCUGUGAAAGAAGCGUUUGAGUGGACAGGGAUGCAACACACUUCUGGUGUAGUCAACAGGAAACAUAUUCUGGCACCAAGAGAUGCUCCAGUUCUGGCCAACUUGGUGGCCGCUGGCGCCAUACCUUUUAUCCAGACAAAUGUCAGUGAAGUUUGUAUGUGGUUUGAGUCAUCCAACUACGUGUAUGGCUGCACUAACAAUGCUUACGACACCACACGUAUGGUUGGAGGAAGUUCAGGGGGUGAAGGGUGCAUACUGUCCACUGGGGCGUCUGUGAUUGGGAUUGGCUCUGAUAUAGGUGGGAGCAUUCGCAUGCCCUGUUUUUUUAAUGGAGUGUUUGGACACAAGCCAAGCCCAGGUGUGGUGGACAACUCUGGUCAGUUUCCUAUAGCCAAUGAGGCAGCUAUGACUCUGCUAGCCACUGGGCCCAUGUGUCGCUAUGCCACUGAUCUCAUUCCUGCACUGAAGGUGAUGGCUGGACCAGAGGGGGUUUUAAAACUCAAACUGGACACUCAGGUUAACUUCUCCAAGCUAAAAGUCAUAUCUGUCCCUGAUGAUAGCGGCUCUUUACUUCUCAGCAAGGUGGAUCCAGAACUAGUUGCCAUUCAGAAAAAGUGUUUCGAGUACUUAAAGACAUUGGGAGCUGAUUGUAAUGAGACGCACAUAAAGAAAUUCCGUUUUGCACUGGAAAUGUGGGCGGCCAAAAUGAACCUGGCCAAUGGCCCAAAGUUUGCCACUCUGAUGGCUGGCGGUGAAGGGAAAGUGAACUGUGUUCUGGAACUUGCGAAAAGUUUAGUGCGUCAGUCUAACCACACCCUGCCUGCUAUAGCACUUGGACUGUUUGAUGAUUUCCUUCCUCAGUUAACCAAAUCCAAGGAUUUAAAGGCCGUUCAGAUUUUAGAUGCACUGAAAGAAGAAAUUGUGAGCCUGUUGGGUGAUGAUACAGUAUUGUUAUACCCGUCCCACCCCAAGUUAGCACCCUACCACAACCACCCCAUCUUUACACCUAUGAACUUCGCCUACACCGCCCUGUUUAAUGCCCUAGCUCUACCUGUGACUCAGUGCCCACUGGGUCUGUCCAAAGAUGGCCUCCCGCUUGGUGUUCAAGUGGUGACCAGUCCAUACAACGACCACCUCAGUCUAGCUGUAGCCAUGAAGCUGGAAGAGAAGUUUGGUGGAUGGACAAACCCAUGAUGGCUGCUCUUUAACUGUGAUGUAACACGUUAUCUUAGCUAAUUAAUUUAAAUUUGUAGAAGGUGAAGAGAUUAUCAUUUACGCUGAAAUCUGGUGCACUGUCAAAAUGACCUCGAUUUAUCUGCCCAUGACACAAUGACCCAGUCAAAAUAGCACUGUCAUGUUGGCUCUCUUCAAUUGGGUUCCCGUCAUAUUGACUCCUGACAAACAAGCUCCCUACAUUUAGGCUUCCAACUAAUGGAAUCCCGAUAUAUUGGCUCC